AUCUCACAAGUCUAAAACAAACGACAAGGGAACUAGAAAGGAACACCGAAGCUGCCUUGUCUGUUGCUAAGAAUCUCAUCACAGCUAUUUUAUUGUAUAUAGUGGUAGUUCUGUUAAAAUUUCUUGCUCUACUGUUGUGGAGGCAGCGUGAGAUAGUACCUGGAGUAGAACAGGCUUGAACACUAUUACAAUUCUUAUGGUUUUAAUCUUGAUGAUGAAGUUUUACACUUCGAUGAAACGUAUUCAAUUAACUGCUUGAAGUGUUCUAUGAACCUGACCAAAGGAAAAGGAAGCAGCUGAAUUGUGAAGUUUUAUAGUUUAUUUACCUUUGGUGUUGGGUUUUCAUGUUGAACCGAACCUAAAUGUGUUUGCACGUAUCAAAGCAAUUCAAUUCCAUGUCACUGUCUAACCACUACUGUGAGUUGCUCAAACAUUGCCGCGACACAAAGAAGAUUCACUGCCACAUAAUCAAGGCCUUUCGAAACCCCGAAAUCUUCCUGCUAAACAACUUAGUCAGUGCCUAUGCCAAGUUUGACAGAAUCACUUAUGCCCGCAGGGUGUUCGACCAAAUGCCUCAAAGGAAUCUCUACUCUUGGAACACCCUUCUUUCCUCCUAUUCCAAACUUGCUUGUCUUCCUGAGAUGGAACGUGUGUUUCAUGCAAUGCCAACCCGAGAUAUGGUAUCAUGGAAUUCCCUUAUUUCUGCCUAUGCUGGUCGUGGUUUCCUUCUUCAGUCGGUAAAGGCUUAUAAUUUGAUGUUGUACAAUGGGCCAUUCAAUCUGAAUCGGAUUGCGUUAUCCACUAUGCUUAUACUUGCUUCCAAACAGGGUUGUGUUCAUUUGGGUCUGCAGGUUCAUGGGCAUGUGGUGAAAUUUGGUUUCCAGUCAUAUGUUUUUGUUGGGAGUCCUUUGGUGGAUAUGUACUCUAAAACUGGGCUGGUAUUUUGUGCAAGGCAGGCUUUUGAUGAGAUGCCUGAGAAGAAUGUGGUUAUGUAUAAUACAUUGAUCGCAGGGCUUAUGCGAUGCAGUAGGAUUGAAGAUUCAAGGCAAUUGUUUUAUGAUAUGCAGGAAAAGGAUUCUAUUUCCUGGACAGCGAUGAUUGCAGGAUUUACUCAGAAUGGUUUGGACCGAGAAGCAAUUGAUUUAUUCAGAGAGAUGAGAUUAGAAAAUCUAGAGAUGGAUCAGUACACAUUUGGAAGCGUGUUAACUGCUUGUGGUGGUGUUAUGGCUUUGCAAGAAGGCAAGCAAGUUCAUGCUUAUAUAAUUAGGACAGAUUAUCAGGAUAAUAUAUUUGUUGGUAGCGCUCUUGUUGACAUGUAUUGUAAGUGUAAGAGUAUAAAAUCAGCAGAAACAGUUUUUAGGAAGAUGAAUUGCAAGAAUGUUGUAUCUUGGACUGCGAUGUUAGUGGGUUAUGGACAGAAUGGUUACAGUGAAGAAGCUGUUAAAAUCUUUUGUGAUAUGCAAAACAAUGGGAUUGAGCCUGAUGAUUUCACCCUUGGGAGUGUAAUUAGCUCAUGUGCAAACCUUGCAAGCCUAGAAGAGGGGGCUCAGUUUCAUUGUAGAGCUCUGGUUUCUGGCUUAAUUUCUUUUAUUACUGUUUCCAAUGCUCUAGUUACAUUAUAUGGUAAGUGUGGAAGCAUUGAAGACUCCCAUAGGCUUUUUAGUGAAAUGAGCUACGUGGAUGAAGUCUCAUGGACUGCACUUGUUUCUGGAUAUGCACAGUUUGGUAAAGCCAAUGAAACAUUAAGGUUGUUUGAAAGCAUGUUAGCUCAUGGUUUCAAACCCGACAAGGUUACUUUUAUCGGGGUUCUUUCAGCUUGCAGUAGAGCCGGACUAGUACAGAAAGGAAAUCAGAUAUUUGAAUCAAUGAUUAAGGAACAUAGGAUUAUACCAAUUGAAGAUCAUUACACAUGCAUGAUUGAUCUCUUCAGUCGAGCUGGGAGGUUAGAAGAGGCAAGGAAAUUUAUAAAUAAGAUGCCUUUCAGCCCUGAUGCAAUUGGUUGGGCAUCCUUAUUAAGUUCAUGUAGGUUCCAUCGAAACAUGGAAAUUGGCAAGUGGGCAGCUGAGUCUCUUUUAAAAUUAGAACCACAUAACACUGCUAGUUACAUCUUACUUUCGAGCAUCUAUGCUGCUAAAGGAAAAUGGGAAGAAGUUGCCAAUUUAAGAAAAGGGAUGAGAGAUAAGGGCCUGAGAAAGGAACCAGGAUGUAGCUGGAUCAAAUAUAAGAACCAAGUGCACAUUUUCUCUGCUGAUGAUCAGUCAAACCCAUUUUCAGAUCAGAUAUAUUCUGAACUUGAAAAAUUGAACUAUAAAAUGGUACAAGAGGGAUAUGUGCCUGACAUGAAUUCUGUUUUGCAUGAUGUUGACGAUUCAGAGAAAAUAAAGAUGCUUAAUCACCAUAGUGAAAAGCUUGCAAUUGCUUUUGGGUUGAUAUUUAUUCCUCCUGGUUUGCCCAUACGAGUAGUUAAAAAUUUAAGGGUUUGUGGGGAUUGCCACAAUGCAACUAAGUAUAUAUCUAAGAUCACCCAGAGGGAGAUUCUUGUAAGAGAUGCUGCCCGAUUCCAUUUGUUUAAAGAUGGAAGGUGUUCGUGUGGAGACUUUUGGUGACAGGUCGAGUUUGAAUAUUCUCUGAAGUCUUAUAGAAAACUAAGCCAAAAGUGACUACUAAAUAGAGGGUUCUUCAGUAAGAAGAGACAUACAAGAAUAGAUCCCUUUCUUCAAAAAGUCAGUUUAAUUACCACAUGUGCAAUGCAGUUGUAUUGGCUAUCCUGUAAUUUUAUAUGGACUUGAAGUCUUGAACCACUCCUCCUGAUUACCAUUAUCUGUGGUCUUAAUUUGAGGGGGGAAAAGAAUCAUAAGCACCAAUGAAUUUUUUACCAUGUAUUGAAGAAUUUUGACAUAGGCUCAUCUUCCAUCACAUCUGUUAAAAAUUUUCACUAUCCCCUGUAAAUAAUUUCUGUUGUAGGAUUUGUGGAACAAUUUUAUCAUUUAAAACAGCUAUUCGUUUUCUUUUUUCAGUA